AUGCCUAUAUCGAAAUCGGAAAUUACUAAGCAAGAGUCAACCAACGACAAGGAGAAUCCGUUGGAAACAACCGAAGAAGCUGUCCAGUCUAACGAUAAUGAAGAUGAAACAAGUCAUGCUGAGCGGUCUGAGUUUGAAAAUCUUUCUGCAGCAACUCCAGAAUCACUUACACGUCAUCCGUUGCAGUGCCGAUGGGCUCUGUGGUAUUUAAAAGCUGAUCGAAACAAAGACUGGGAGGAUUGUUUGAAACAAGUAGCCGUCUUUGACACUGUUGAAGAUUUUUGGGCCUUGUAUAAUCACAUCCAGACUGCUUCGGGUCUUAAUUGGGGAAGCGACUACUAUUUAUUUAAAGAGGGUAUUAAACCGAUGUGGGAGGACGAAAAUAAUGUGAAGGGUGGUCGUUGGCUUGUUGUUGUUGACAAACAAAAACGAGCGCAAUUAUUGGACCAUUACUGGCUUGAGCUACUGAUGGCAAUUAUUGGGGAACAGUUUGAAGAACAUGGCGAACAUAUUUGCGGUGCGGUUGUAAAUGUUCGACAGAAGGGCGAUAAGGUUUCACUAUGGACACGUGACUCACUGAAGGAUGAUGUGAAUUUGCGUAUUGGGCAAAUUUUAAAAGCAAAACUUGAAAUCCCAGAUUCGGAACCGAUUCGUUAUGAAGUUCAUAAGGACUCAUCGGUGCGUACGGGUUCGAUGGUAAAACCCCGUAUUGUCAUCCCAAUGAAAGAAACGAGGUAA